AUGUUUCAAGAGAGAGAAUCUGGCGAACCAGAAAGUUGGGGAUGUCUGAUUUUUAUAGUAUGGGCGGUGACAAUAGCGAAUUUCAUAGGAGUUAUGACAAUCCGAAUUCUACUCGAUAGCGAGGAUGAAAUAAAUGAGCCAAUCAUAAAAGGUGAACUGCGUGAAAGGUUGACUCUCUUCCUGGGAAUAUUCACAAUGACAUUCUUUUUUGGCUGCUGGUGUUGUUUCUGUUGUGGAUGCAUGUUAUGCAAAUGGAUGAUUGAUUGCCCUGCUUUCUGCAGUAGUCUGAUCACAUCUGCCUCAUUCAAAUUUAUCUCAACUCAUCCAUCGCUCGGAAGGCGCCUUCGUAAAGAAGACGAAGACGAUAUUAUUAUUGACGAUGUCGUGGUAGCGGCAAGAGGCAUCCCUCAACAAAAAAUGCAUAGAGUGGAGACGGAUUUGAAUGCAUAUGAAAAUCCAGUGCCAUUCGAACAAUUUAUUGAGCCCGAAGCGAUAACACCAACAUCGCUUCCUACGCUUCCUCCGCUGGGACGUUUGCGCUCUCAUAGUAUUGAUGUUUCUUAUGAAUAAGUGUGAACAAAUUGUAAUUUUUGCUACUUUAUCACACGAUCUGUUGUAAAUAAUUUUCAACUAUGAAUGUAUAUAUAAUUAUGAUAAA